ACAUCUAUUAGGUGUAUGCUUAAAUCUUUGACAGAUAGAUGACAGAGAAGGAUGACAAACAAACAGGGUUUGACAGUUUGAAAAAAUAUUGAAUUUUGAAUUGAAUGUAAGAUGGACAGCCAAGUAGCAAUCGAAGGAUACUUUGUUGAUUUAAUAGACGACGCCUGGAGAUCAGAUACCCUUCCAGAAGACGACAUUGCAGUACCAACCUGGGAACUAGCAGAUCCAGAAGCUGAUUCAGGAGACAUUCAUCUGACUUUGAAAGAACAAGAACAGAAGUGGAGUGAUAUUAUGCUGUCUCAUCUUAGCGAGCAUCAAUAAUAGUUUGGAAUAUAAUCAUUACACUAAUUUUAUAAGUUUAGAUAUAAUGGAAUUGCCAGAUAUCGGCAAGCAAUGUGCACAUCCACAAUGCAAACAACUUGAUUUCCUUCCUUUAAAUUGUAAGUGUGGAAAAACCUUUUGUUCAGACCAUUUUACAAUCCAUGCGCAAGAAUGUGAAGUUUCAAAAAUUCUCUCUGAGGAUGAACUAAAGAAAAUAGAAAAUGUUUAUAUUUGUUCUCAUCCUCACUGCAAAGAACGGAGUAUUGUAGCUCUAAUAUGUAAAAGAUGUAAGCAACACUUUUGUGUUCAACAUAGACACUUGGCAGAGUGCAAAGAAAAAGAUGAAGAAACUUUGAACAAAGAAAAAGAGAAGUAUGCAGCUCCUGUAAGGAUUUUUAAUGAAGCUAAAGCAGUUGUUGACAAACAGGUAGAAAAAAAUCUAGCUGAUGCGAAAAAGAAACCAAAAAACAGAGAGAUGGCGAACAAAGUGCAGCUUAUGAAGAUAAAAAAUAAAGCUACAGGUCUUAAAACAAUUCCAACCGUUGAUCGUGUAUAUUUCAGUGUAUCCUAUUGUGAAAAGUCUUGUCCUGUGUUUGUUUCCAGCCAGUGGAGUCUUGGAAGAGCAAUCGAUGCUAUAGCUGAAGAAAUGAAAUUGCAGAACAACAAUAACAAAGCAAAUGAGAAGAAAUUGAGACUUUUCACAAAAGAGGAUAAUGUUAGUUUAUCAACUGAUAUGUCUGUUACGAUAAAAAAGCUUUUGGGAGAUAAAAUUCUUAUUGAUGGCGAUACUCUACUCAUUAAAUAUGUCGAUUGUUAAUUUUAAAUUAUAUUUGUUUGUAUUAAAAUGAUGUACAUUGA